AUGUCAUUCCACAUACCACCGCCACGGCUUCACUGGAAGAAAUCCUCAGUGAAGAAGGACAAUGUCCCUGAUGCCCCACUUCGACGUAACUUCACCAAUGUGUACCUUAAACCGUUUCGUGAGAUCAUCAGAUGGCUGCCGGAAGUCAUGCCACGAUGGGGGAAGUCACGUAUUGCGGGUGGAGGUGAUAAAAUGUGCACCUCUUGGGCACGGAAUGCGAUGCAACUUUUGUUAGGUAUGGGGUUGCUGUAG